AUGCGUCUGGAAGUGUUGACCAUAUCAGCCGUGGCUGUCUUCGGCCUAGGCACAUCAGUCGCAGCUCAUCCAGGCCUGAUGCUAAGAAACAGAAGCACCUCGACUUCUUCUGUUGCAAGCGACACAGCAUUCAGCUACACUCAAGUCACCAGUGAUCGAUACGCGACCCCGAUCGCAUCGCCCGUCAAGUACCAAAGCGCCUUCGCACCACCGUAUGCGAAGGCGAAGACUCUGCUGCCCUCGGGCAUCACGUACACGACCUAUUCUCUGAACCCCUCGGCCACCUCAGAUGGAAGGUAUGGACAAAGCGCGUAUGCCGCUCUUUGGGCUGGGUACAGCUACCUGCAUACCGUACCUUUCACAACCACUGCUCUACCGACACCCGUCGCAACCAGCGAGCUCGUCUUCCCUCCCGCCCUCCCUUUCGAAACGAGCUCUGCCUCGAUGAAGUUUGACAAAGACUUUGUCUGGGGAGUCGCUGGCAGUGCAUGGCAGAUCGAAGGCGCAUUGCAGCAAGAAGGUCGUGGCCCCGGCGGUUUAGACAUCUUCGGCAACCAGAAGAUACCAGCUUUGGCCGGUCAAAACGACUCUGCCGUGACAGACAUGAACUACUACCUGUACAAGCAGGAUAUCGCUCGCUUGGCUGCUAUGGGUGUGCCCUACUACUCUUUCUCCAUCUCCUGGAGUCGCAUCGUACCCUUUGGCAAUGCCAACACUCCUAUCAACCAACAAGGCUUGGAUCACUACGACGAUGUUAUCAACACGUGUUUGCAGUACGGCAUCAAGCCGAUUGUGACUCUUGUUCAUGCCGACACGCCUCCUUCGGUCGACUACGACAACGCCACAUCUUCGACAGCGGAUUACUUGUAUUAUGCCAAGCAAGUAAUGACGAGAUACGCCGACCGAGUGCCUUACUGGGUCACUUUCAAUGAGAUCAACACCGGCAUAAACCUCCAAUACGACACAUAUCAAGCCAACACAAAUCUUUUGCUCGUUCAUUCCGCCAUCUACAGGUGGUACAAGCAGACUUUGAAGGGUACGGGCAAAGUGACUGUCAAGUUUGCCAACAACCUUGCUGUCCCUCGAGACCCAGCCAACAAAGACGACGUCGCCGCUGCCUUGAGGUAUCAAGAUUUCAUCCUCGGAGUCUGGGGCAAUCCUCUCUUCCUCGGAAAACAAUAUCCCUCCAGCGUGCUCAAUACAGCUGUCAAUCUCACUGCCUUGACUCCUCAGCAGAUCGACUCUAUCAAGGGCUCGGUUGACUUCUGGGCAUUCGACCCUUACGUUUCUCAGCUCGCUUCUGCCCCUGACGAUGGCCUGGCCUCGUGUAUCAACAACUCCAGCCACACUCUCUUCCCUUACUGCGCCAACCUCACACAAAAUGGCAUUCAGCAAAAUGGUUGGCAGUUCGGACAAAAGUCGAACGACUACGCAUACAUCGCACCUCAGUACGUCCGCCAGCAACUCGGCUAUGUCUGGAAGACCUUCCAGCCUGCCGGCGGAAUCAUGAUUACAGAAUUCGGCUUCAACCCUUUCAAAGACGCAGAAAAGACAUUGCCCGAGCAGCGCUAUGAUUUGGAAAGGACGUUAUACUUCCAAGCAUUCUUGACAGAGACUUUGAAAGCCAUGUACCUUGACGGCGUGAAAGUUAUUGGUGCGCUGGCGUGGAGUUUCGUCGACAACAAUGAAUUCCGAUCAUAUGAAAAUCAGUAUGGAUUGCAGACUGUCAAUCGUACGAGUGGGAAGUUUGAGAGACACUACAAGCGCAGCUUCUUCGACCUUGUGGAUUUCUUCCACAAUCAUAUCGCAUAAGGGAAACUUGCGCAUAUGAUUAUAUAUACCAAUCCGAAGAAAACGAACCCCUAGGAUAG